AUGGCAGGGGAACUCGUUCUCAUAACUGGUGGCAACGGGCACAUUGGAUUUCGAGUCGUCGCAUUUGCUUUGAAGGCAGGCUACCAUGUUAGGGCUGCAGUCCGAAGUCAAGAAAAAGCAGACCUGAUCUUGGCAGCUCCGUCAAUCAAGGAACUAAAUCCAGGGAAGAGUCUUACUUUCAUCUUCGUUCCAGACUUGCUUCAGCCGGGGGCAUAUAAAGAAGCCGUCAAGGGUGUUGAUUACAUUAUACAUGUCGCUUCCCCAAUCAAUAACGGCAUCCCAGAAGACAAAUACGAAUCCCACCUAAUCAGGCCUGCAAUUGCUGGGACUUUGGGAAUCUUGGAAGCCGCGAAGGACGAACCUAAGGUUCAACGAAUCGUCAUAACAUCUUCGGUGGUCGCCAUCGUACCCUGGUACGACUUUUUCGAAGCCGAGACCGGGAAAGUCUUCAAUGAGCACAGCCGUACCAGCAAUCCAACAGGACCGUACAAGAACGAAUUCGAGGCAUAUUCGUCAGGCAAGGUGCAGGCAUUAAACGCAACGUUUCAGUUUCUGGAGGAGAACAAGCCUCACUUUGACGUUGUCCACGUCGGCCCAACAUUUACUAUUGGCAAGGACGAGCUCGUAUCAGACGUGGAUGACAUAACACGAGGCACCAACGGCGCAGCUUUACGCCAGAUUCUUGGGGAUAAGCAAUCAUGGGCAACACCUUCGAACACUGUUCACGUCGAGGACACUGCACUUGCCCACGUUAAAGGCCUUGAACCACAUAUUCCUUCUGGGUUCUUUCUAUUGACCCAGUCUGCAGGCACCGAAGGCACGACCUGGGGUGAUGCAAUUGAAAUUGUGAACCGUCGAUUCCCUGGUGCUGUCAAGGCUGGAAUUCUCCCCAACGACGGUUUCGCCCCUACCAAGCAUACAAUCUUGGACACGUCAGAGACUAAAAAGCUUUUGGGGUACGAAUUCAAGACGUACGAGGAGCAAGUGGUCAGUGUUGUGGAGCACUAUCUACAGCUUCGCGGAUUUGAAGAGAAGUGA